AAGACAUUUUGGACCGAUGACAAAAUUCGCUUAAAAAUGUUCGUUUAUUUACUUGGAAUUGCUUCAUUACUAAUAGUUGUCCAUCUAAUAUUCAAUUAUAAUGCUAAAUCACGUAAAAUUCUCCAAAUACCUGGGCCAAAGCGUCAUUUCAUUAUAGGCAAUGCUUUGGAUUUAAUGGUCUCUCCAGUGCAACUGUUUCAAUAUGUGAGAGAUGCAGCAAAUCAGUUUUCUGACUUAUACUCGAUACAUGCGUAUCCAGUGUCGUCUGUUAACAUAUACAACCCGGAAGAUGUGGAGAUAAUAACUUCUGGUAUGAAACAUCACGAGAAGAGUCACGUAUACAAGUUUCUAAGUCCAUGGCUUCAAGAAGGUCUACUAGUCAGCAACGGUUCAAAAUGGCAAAGCCGACGCAAGAUCCUGACGUCGGCAUUUCACUUUAACGUGCUUCAAAAAUAUUUCGCUACAAUGAAAGACAAUGACAAAGCACUGAUUGAAUCUUUAAGAGACACGAGAGGGGAUCCAGUGGAUAUCGUUUCAACUAUCUCCGAUUAUACACUAAAUACAAUUUGUGAGGCCGCAAUGGGAACGAAUCUAAGAGCAGAGGAGACUAAAAAAGGGGUUGCGUAUAAAACGGCUAUAUAUGAUCUCGCAAAAUAUAUCAUAUACCGAUUCUCAAACGUGUAUUUAUUAUCAGAUUUCUUCUUUAACAUGACAUGGCUCGGUAAGAGUCAGAAGAAGUAUUUGAACAUAGUCCACGAUUUCACAACAAGUAUUAUAGAGAAACGAAAAGAAGCCAUUAAAGCCAAAGAAGUCGGUACAAUAGAAGACAGCGAAGAUGAAUACACGGGGAAGAAGAAAAGGGCGGCCAUGCUGGAUUUGUUGAUAGCGAAACAAAAUGAAGGUUUAAUAGAUGACGUUGGUAUUCAGGAAGAAGUCGACACAUUCAUGUUUGCAGGUCACGAUACAACAGCUGUAUGUCUAACGUACACAUUGUUACUACUGGCUAAUCACCCAGACGUUCAAAAAAAGGUUAUAGAGGAAUUAGAUGACAUCUUCGGAAAGGAUACUCGAGAUGCAACUAUGGAAGAUUUGUCUGCGAUGAAAUAUCUCGAUUUGGUGAUAAAGGAAUCUCUACGUCUGUACCCGUCCGUGCCUUUUAUUAUGAGGCAAAUAACGCAGCCCUGCAAACUAAGUAAUUUUGAAAUACCAGCGAACACGAUGUGCGCAAUCCACAUCUACGACCUGCACCGCAACGAGAAGUAUUUCCCCGACCCGGAAAAGUUCGAUCCUGAGCGGUUCCUGCCGGAGAACAGCGUGGGUCGACACAACUACGCCUACAUACCCUUCAGCGCCGGACCCAGAAACUGCAUUGGUCAAAAGUUCGCAAUGAUGGAAAUGAAGUCAUCACUAUCGUCCAUACUGAGAAACUUCAACAUUGCUCCGAUCACAAAAAGAGAAGAUUUGUGCUUCUCCGCCGAUUUAGUAUUAAGAACGACAGAUCCCGUUUACGUCAAAUUUAUAGAGAGAAAGCUGGAUUAAAAGUAUUUAAAAUA